AUGGCCGGCGUCGAGAAGAGCUCUGGCGUGAGCGUUGCCCGGACUCUGAUGCAGGGAGCGCCGAAGUUCGACCAAGGCUACAUGACCACGCAGUUGGAGCACCAUCUGGGUGCGGAUGAGUACGUGACACCCAACAAGCUCGCCGAGCAUCCUGCGGGGCGUGUAGUGGGCACCCUGCGCCGGCUGUGGCGCGCCAAGUCGAUGACCGAAAUCUGCGACGACAUGGACGCGUUCAGCCGCGAUGUAAUGUUUGACGACAGCCUUGUGACCAUGCAGCGCAAGGGCCACAUGCGGCUGUGGGUGUGGAUGACUCAGAAGGCCCUCGGCUCGUGGGACUUUGAGCCGCUGCUGGUCAGGGUGAAGCCCCUCGGCAGCCGCACCCUGGUGCACAUCACCGCCUCCCAGGCCCUCUUCCCGCGCCGCUCCUUCCUGCUGCCGCCGACGCUCCUGCUGCCGCGGCGCCUGGGGCUGAUCUGCGAGAUCACAGCCUGCGUUGUGGGCGACCUGCAGAGCGGCAAGAUCGAGUGGGUGCGUGUGCAGCCCCACAACAUGCCGUCCCUGCCGUCCCCCCUACGCAGCCUGCUGGGCCAGGCGCUGGCCGUCCCACUGCACGCGACUGAGCCGGUCUGGAGCCUGGCGCCCUGGCAGUGGGUGGGGGAGCCCUUCUGGGCAGACAAGCGGAAGGCGCCGUCGGAGCGCGAGGCUGCCGGCGUGGACGGGACGCUGCUGGGCGCCGCGGCUGGCAGGGCGGGUCUGCUGAGUGAUGACGCGCUGGACGCCAUGAUCGACUAUGGGCUUCCUUGA